AUGAAGAGGCGCUCACCGUCGAUUGAUGUCGGUGGUAAAUCCUCCCUCGAGCUGCAAAAUCCAGAUGCCGAGCUAGAACACCGCCUCAAUGGCUUAAUACCCCGUCAAUCCUCGACCCAGGACAGGCAACCGAACGGCCUCUAUUCGACCAAGGCGAAUGGCCACCAGCACCCUUCCAGCCAUGCAGCAGUCGCAUCCUUUUCACCACUAUCGCUCCCUACCUCGUCGCACAGUAUGACCACGUCCAAGAAGCCUCCCCUGGCGAGCUUGGGGGCGCGCAAUCGCAGCCUCUGGUUCAUGUCUGUCCUGUCCUUUUUUGUUGCUACAGCUGGCGUUGGUCUCUUGGUCGCCAUCUUUCGGUCCCUCACUACUCGCCAAAUUGAGCCGAAAGGAUGCCGAAUGUCAUACAUGCGGCCUUCCUACAUUCACUUUUCCGAGUUCGAUACCGAACACACCCGGUUCGCAAGCAAAUACUCUCUAUAUCUCUAUCGCGAACAGGGAAUCGAUAGCGGUCAACUGCGCGGAAUUCCCGUCCUCUUCAUCCCAGGCAAUGCUGGAAGUUACAAGCAAGUCCGACCAAUUGCCGCAGAGGCUGCCAAUUAUUUCCAUGACUAUCUCCAGCAUGAUCACAGCCAGUUGGAAUCCGGCAUACGGAGCCUCGAUUUUUUCACCGUUGAUUUCAACGAGGAUAUAACAGCAUUCCACGGCCAAACUCUUCUUGAUCAAGCUGAAUAUCUCAAUGAGGCUGUUCGAUAUAUACUGUCACUAUAUUCUGAGCCGCAGAGAGCUUCUCGCGAUUCGCAUCUCCCGGAUCCUACGUCCGUACUUAUCCUGGGACAUUCAAUGGGAGGCGUUGUUGCAAGAGCAAUGCUGGUUCAACCAAAUUAUCAGGAGAAUUCGAUCAAUACUAUAAUUACAAUGUCAGCGCCGCAUGCACGCCCCCCAGUUACCUUCGACGGUCGAAUUGUUCAGAUUUACGACGAAAUAAACGACUAUUGGCGGCGUGCAUAUACACAAAAAUGGGCCAGCAAUAAUCCGCUAUGGCACGUAACGCUGGUAUCUAUUGCUGGUGGGAAUUUGGAUACUGUUGUGCCGUCUGAUUAUGCUAGCAUUGAGUCACUUGUGCCUGAAACCCAUGGAUUUACUGUUUUUACGUCAGGCAUUCCGACGGUGUGGACAAGUAUGGAUCAUCAAGCCAUUCUCUGGUGUGACCAAUUCCGAAAAGUCCUGGCCCAGACUUUAUAUGGUGUCAUUGACGUGCAUCGAGCCUCUCAAACGAAACCCCGAGCGCAAAGGAUGAGAGUCUUUAAAAAGAAGCUCUUAACUGGUUUGGAGACGAUUGCCGAGAAGACUCUGUCUUUAAAGGAACCCACAACGCUCCUCACCUUGGAUGGCUCGUCUAGUACAGUAGUGCCAACAGGUGAUCGAUUGGUUCUUUCGCAACUGGGUUCUGAGACCAGACCGAUGGCUUACCUUCUUCCGGUACCGCCUCACGGAUCACUCGAACCCAAGCGCUUUACGUUACUGACAGAUGUCCAACUGAAUACACCUGCAGACAAUAGUCAGCUGCAGGUCCUCUUGUGCAGCGUUUACCCUUUUCAGUCUACGGGUGUUAACUCAAUAUUCUCGUCCACCAUAGAUGUAUCGAGAAAUGGUACAACGCCAACAAAGCUAGCAUGUAAGGAUGCUGCAUCUGACACGGUCCUUCUUCCGGCUUCAGCAACGGAUAUAGAGGCACCCUUCUACCUGGACGAACAAACCCCGAUAUAUCCCUUUUCAUAUCUACAAUACGAUGCUGAAUACCUCUCUGAUCACCAGUUUGUCGUUGUUAUCGACAGGGCUACAGAAGUUAGCAAUGGCUUUGUCACUGCGGAGUUCAGUGACCUCUCAUCUUUUCAGAAGAGGGAGGAUAUAAGCCUUAUCCGUCUUCUCACAUUUGGUCUCUCUUUUCGGCUCUCACCUAUUCGCCCUGUUGUCACGGCCAUUGAUAUACCAGCUCUCAAGUCAAGUUUAAUGGCCUUUAAUAUGAAAAUCAGCCAACAAUGUAGCGGAAAGCAGCAGUUGUUUGCGCCGCUAAUCCGCCAACAUAUUCAAAAACCUUAUGAGUCAAAAUAUUUCGUCAACGCUCAAGUAACUGGAAUCAGCUUCCAUGGGGUGGCUCCUUACAUGCCCCCUUCGUUAACUUUAUCGAGUGGCGACGGCCUUGCUUUUGACAUCUGGUCUGACCCCAUUUGUGGUGGUCCUUUAGAGAUUGAUCUCUAUGUGGAUGUGCUGGGUAGCCUCGGAAAGCUAUAUAUGAGAUAUCGUACUGUCUUUGCGGCCUUUCCGUUGCUCAUCGUCACGCUGGUGCUUCGGAAGCAAUUCAGUGUUUAUAAUACGUGUGGCACGUUUAUUUCCUUUUCUGAAAGCCUGGACCUGUCUAUGCGGCAGUCGAUUCCGCUUUUGCUUUCUUCUCUAACUUUGCUUUCUAUUUCCCCCAGAGGAGUGACAGCUUUUCUCGCCACGCUUGUGGAUAGCAAUCAGGCCAAUUCAAACUUCUCUUCGAACAUCGGCUUCCACGGACACGACCUCCUUGUUGGUACAGACGACCCCUUCUUCAUAUACCUUGUACCACUCAUUGGCGUCGUAUGCAUCGGGGUCUGUACUGUUCUCCAUUAUAUUCUUCUGGCAUUGACGAGAAUCCUUGGCGUCGCGUACGCUGUGUUUUCAGUGCUGCCGGCAAUCAACAGCAGCCAGGCCCCAAGCCCAUCACCAGUGUUUGCGCCAUCAACCCCACGGCGACGGGUAAUAUCGACCGUAAUUCUAUUAUUCUUAGUUUCGACUUUCAUACCGUAUCAAUUUGCAUACUUGGUCGCUUGUCUUGUACAGAUUCUCACCGUUGUUCGCGCUCUUCGCAUAUAUGUCGUCACACCUUCAACCGCCAACUCCAACUAUUACCACUAUUCUCACUCUAUUCUUCUGCUAAUGAUGUGGGUUCUCCCGAUCAAUUUGCCUAUUCUAGCGGUCUGGGUUCGCAACCUCGCCGUCCACUGGCUCACGCCAUUCUCUUCGCAUCACAAUGUGCUGUCAAUAAUGCCUUUCAUAUUAUUGGUAGAGAACUUGACAACGGGGAAAAUGGUUCCCCAAAUCACAAGUGGUCUACGCCAUAUUACCAGCGGGCUCCUUUUUGGUACGGCGCUUUGUGCUGCAAUCUAUGGCGUUUCCCAUGCGUACAUGCUCCAUUACUUGGUCAACGUGGUGGCUGCUUGGCUGGUCAUUCUUCACUCUUCUUCAGAGCCAUGGUCUUUGAUGAGUUUCGGCACUCUAUUCGAAGGAGAUCCAGAUGGGCCGAAACAUAUCAGUGGUUCACAUUGA